AUGUCCAGAAAAGUGAUGAGCGAGGUUCUCAAGUCGCGAACAUUGCUUUACCGGAGCUUUGGUGAGCCCGAGAAGGUUAUUUUAGUGAUUUUUAAUGAGUGAUUCUUAAAAAAAGCAGUUGCAAGCUUUUUUUUUUGUUUUAUAAAUGAACCGUAUUUUCAUGAAUUAGUGUAAUGUUUUGAGCUGAGAAGUAUUUUCAUUGAAUUUUUUAAGGAUGCUCAAGAAUAAAUAUAAUUUUCUGAAAUGUGUCGCUUUGAAGCUUUAUUUUCAUAAUCUGAGUACUUUUUGAGCUUCGUAGCGUCAUAAUUUUACUGCGAGAAAAAAAGUCAGGAAAUUUCGAUCUUUUUUUGAAAUCAAGAGGCCUUCAAAUCAUUCUAGUCAAGUCUAUAAAUAAAUAAUAUUAUAAAAAAAAAGUCUGACCAAAAAUUCAAGCAGGUUCUGAAGAAGAAAAAACUCUCUCUGUAAGACUAGAAUGAUGGAAAAAAAAUAAGUUCCUGACUAAAUAUUUAGUUUUUCAAGUUGAAGAACUAAAUUUACUUCAUUACUUUUAGGUCCUCGAAUUAGCCACUGUUGACGUCGAAUCAGAACCAAAAAAAGGCCAAGUUUUGGUCCAAUGGCUCGCUUCGCCAAUAAACCCACUUGACAUCAAUAGGUCCAGUUGAGAAUUAAAAAAAACACGUUUCAUUCAUGUUUUUAGUAUUCAAGGAGUUUAUGUUUAUCGACCGACGCCGCCAGUCAUUGGCGGCAGCGAAGGGGUGGGAAGAGUCGUCAAGGUGAAUUUGGGAGAUUUUUUGACGAUUUUGGGAUAAUUUUCAAGGUUUUUGAGGAGGCUGGACAAUAUUUGGGUUGAUUUUUAAACUUCAAGGAAAAAUGGCUCAAAAAAUCCUUGAUUUCCGAAGAAAGCUCUGAAUAUAAAAUGAAACAUUUUUUUAAUGGAGGAUCCUUUUUUAUGGAUAAUCUUGAUUAAAUCUCCAUUUCACUAGGUUUUUUUGUUGAUAGAAUUAAAAAUCCUAUAAGAUCUAAGGUUAUAUGAAGUGAAGAAAUUCGGUGUCCUGAAAAAAAUAAAAUUGAUAGCUUCAAAAAUAAGUUGUAAAUUUACUGUCCAGUUUUUUUCUCGGAGAUAGGUUCUCUUUCUUGAGUUUUUUUUUUCGAGCAUGAAAAUUUGAAUUUGGGUUCCUGAACUUAAAUUAUUAGAAUGAACUUCAGGAAAAGAUUUUUUUCACCAUCCUUCAAAAAAAUGAAAAAAUCUUUUCAGUGCUCUCCUGGGUCAGCUUUCUCAAAAGGAGACCAUGUCACACUUUUCACUAUGAAUACCCCUUUUUGGACCGAAUACGGAAUCGUUGAUGAAGAAGAUCUCCUCAAAAUCGAUAACCGCAUCUCAGUGGUGGGACCUACAGAAGAAACUCAAAAUUUGAAUGUUUUGAAGCCGAUGGCAGCGACAUUGAUGGUGAACCCCCCAACGGCUUGGGUCAUGCUCAAAGAUUUCAUCGAUUUGUCGCCCGGCGACUAUAUUAUCCAGAACUCGGCCAAUUCUGGUGUUGGUAGAUCGGUUAUUGAGCUGUGUAAAGGUAUAGGUGGUUUGAAAAUAAGUUAAAAAUUGAGAAAAGGUGCAUGAAAACCUUUGGCUUUUUUUUCGGUUUUUAAAAAUCUGUUCAAGCAAGAAGUUUUGGUUCUAAUGGAAAUUUGAUCAGAAAAGCUUCAACUUGCUCAGGACUUUUUGGGUAGUUCAACUACUAGUUCUACCAAAAAAAUCUACGGGGCUGGAUCAUACGUCGGCUGGAUCCUAUUUCCUUUUCAUCCCUCGAAAUUUACCUAUCUUCCUCGUUAAAAUCAUCCUUCACCUUCUUCAUAUUCUCUUUUUAGUUUAUAAAAAUUUUUCUCACGUCAGAUUCGAAAAAAAUAAAUUGGAAAAAAAUAAACUGUCCUUUUUUUGCAAAUUUUGUAAUAUUUCUUUUUUUCUUGAAGUUUGUUGAAAAAAAUUUUUUUGCUUGAAAAAGUUGAAAACUUUUUAGAAGCUCGCCUUUUUUUUGAAUAGCUAUUGAAUUUGCGAAGUAAGAAUCUUUCAAAUCAAUUUUUUUUAAACCUUAUAAUUUUUCCAGCGUUCGGCUACAAAUCGAUAAAUAUCGUACGAGAUCGUCCCGCCAUCGAAUCUUUGAAGACGGAGCUGUGGAAACUUGGCGCUGAUCACAUUUUCACCGAAGAGGAGUUUGCCAAGGAAGGCCGCAAGGUAGUUUUGGCAAGAAAAUCGUGGAAAAUUAUCUAUUUCAAGUUUGUCAAAACGCUCUCUUCUCCGCCAAAACUCGCAAUGAAUGGCGUUGGCGGCAGGAGUUCUUUGGGUAUCGCGGCGGUUUUGGAAAAGGGCGGGACCAGUGUCACUUAUGGUGAGCUUGGGAAAGUGAGAUAUCAUUCACAGGCAAAAUCAGUAUAUGAUGUACAAGAAAAGUGGAAAAAUAAUCGUUUAAUAAAAAAAAAUAUUAAGAGAUUGUUAUUUUUAUGAGGCAGGAUCUGUUAUUCAGAGUCGAGAUUUUGAAGUUCUCCAAAGUUUGACCGAAAAAUUGGGCAGUCCAGAGCGAAGUUCAUCUUUUUCGCUGAAGUCUGAUCAUAUUGUUUUAAAUUCCAAGCACAAUGACGUCAUUCUAAACCCCUCUCUGGAGCUCGUUCAAUAAUUGGCUUAUAGCGGCAUUAAGGGCGGAGCUUGAUGGGUCUUCUAAAAUAACUUGCACUUCGGUAACGCGAACCGGACGUUUCGGAGCUUUCAAGUAGUCACUUUAGCGGCACACUCAACCGAUUUGCGUUGUUAACAGAGUCCGAGGACUUUCAAGAUUCGAAAUUUCCAAAUCACUUUUCAGACCAGUUACCCUGCAAAAUUGAAAGUUCCAUUCUUGAAAAUUAAAAGACCUGCAGCGAGUUUGGCCAAGUCCUUUUUUGCUUUUUUGGUUGCCCAAAAUUAGAAGUCAGAAGUUUUCCUUGAAAUAAUAUUUGAUGAGGAAAAUCUUGAUAAUAUCUUUAAACUAGUCUAACUUUCCAAAAUUCGUAGUAAACUGUUGUGAAUAGAAAGGAUUGGGACAAAAUUAAGGCGGGAUGUCGAAAAAGCCCCACGAGUUCUCCACGUCGGCGUUGGUGUUCAACGACGUACGAGUUCGUGGCGUCGCCGUGGGAAUGUGGAUGCGACAGCCGGAAAAUGAAGAGAAGCUGGAGCUUUGUUUAAGGGAAAUCCAGGUACACUUUAAGCGAAGUAACUUCACCUAGCGGUUCCCUUUUAAGAUGUUGAGAGGUAGAUAUCUAAUUUAAUGCUGCGCCAGACUUUUAGCGGUUUUACUAUACCCUAGGCUAAAGAAUGCUGCUGUGCGCAAGUAGUUUGUUGUCGGAAGGGUAAAUGCCCUUAUCAAGGAUUGAAAAAAAAUUUCCAAAAAUAUUCUAGGAACUGGCAGUGGCCGGAAAAUUGACAGCGACUCCCAUGGACCACGUCCCCUUGGAACGAUUCCAAGAAGCCCUGAGAAAAUCGAUGGAAAGUCGCCAGAAAAAGCAACUCUUGAUCAUUUCUGCACAGACGAGCCCCUCGAAAUUGUAA